AUGUCCGGCAUCACCACCGCACCGCACGUCGUGGAGGACUUGCUCGGCGUCGUCCAGCUCCUCAGCGACGGUUCCGUCGUCCGCGCAGACGAAUCCGUCCUCACUCCACCGGGAGCGACAUUCCCCGACGUCCCGGCCGUUCAGUGGACGGACGUCGUGUACGACCGGCCGGCGCGCGGCCUCAGAGUCCGCCUGUACAGGUCGCCGGAGGAGGCCGCGCCCAAAGGCGGCAGGCGGCUCCCGCACGUCGCCGCCGAGGUCACCGCCGUCGUGCUCUCCAUCCAGUACCGCCUCGCUCCCGAGCACCGUCUCCCCGCUGCCGUCGAGGACGCCGCGACGUUCUUCUCCUGGCUGCGCGCGCAGGCCGCACCGGCAUCGGGCACUGCCGCCGACCCGUGGCUUGCCGAAUCGGCCGACUUCUCCAGGACGUUCGUGUCCGGCGUGUCGGCCGGUGCCAACCUGGCUCACCACGUCGUGGUCCAAAUCGCCUCCGGGCAGAUCAUCCUAGGCACUGUGCGUGUCGCAGGAUACGUCCUCUUCGCCGCGUUCUUCGGCAGCGACGAGCGUGUGGCGUCGGAGUCCCAUCCUCCGGCCAGAGUGUCAGUGACGGUGCAGUCGAUCGACAUAGCCUGGCGAAUGGCGCUGCCGUUGGGAGCCACCAGGGACCACCCGCUUGCGAACCCGUUCGGCCCCGACAGCCCAAGCCUGGAGCCGUUGCCGCUGCCGCCGGCGCUCGUCGUGGCGCCCGGGCGUGACGUGCUGUAUGACCAUGUGCUUCGCUACGCCACCAGGCUCAAGGAGAUGGGGAAGGCCGCCCGCCGAUGGAGCGAGGCGACAGAGGAGUUGAUGCGAAUCCUGAAGCAGUUCAUAAACCACGGCGCCGUCGCUGCCGUGCCGUGCUCAAUUGAGGUCAUAGGCCAGUUUCUCGUCUCGCCGACGCCGUCGAUCGAUCGCUCACCAUGUCCAGCGACGCCGCGCCGCACGUCGUCGAGGACUUCUUCGGCGUCGUCCGGCUCCGUUGUCCGUGGCGACGAAUCCGUCCACAUGCCGGCAGGGCCGUUCACGUACGUCCCCGGCGUUCAGUGGAAGGACGUCGCCUACGACGUGGCGCGCGGCCUCAAGGCCGCGGCGGGCGCCCAAGGCACCGAGCCGUGGCUCGAAGAGUCGGCCAACUUCGCCCAGACGUUCGUGUCCGGCGUGUCGGCCAGCGCGAACCUCGCCCACCACGUCGUGGUUCAGAUCGCCUCGGGGAAGCUCGCGGUCCACCCAGCGCGCAUCGCCGGCUACGUGCUCUUGUCUGCGUUCUUUGGCAGCGCCGAGCGCACGGCGACGGAGUCCGAGUCACCGGCCAGCGUGUCCCUGACGGCCGUGUUCGAUCAGAUUUGGCGGUUGGUGCUGCCGGCGGGCGCCACCAGAGAUCACCCGCUGCCCAACCCGUUCGCUCGGGACAGCCCCGGCCUGGAGCCGCUGCCGCUGCCACCGGCGCUCGUCGUGGUGCCAGGGCUUGACACGCUCCGGGACCACAUGCGGCGCUACGCGGCGAGGUUGGAGGAGAUGGGAAAGGCUGUGGAGCUGGCCGAGUUUGCGGGGGAGCGCCAUGGCUUCACCGUAAAAGGCUGGAGCGAGGCGAACGAGGAGUUGGUCCGGAUCUUGAAGCGGUUCGUCAACCAAGGUGCCACGCGAAACUGA